AAGCUGGCUGAGAGGCGAUCCAGUGCUCAGCUCCUCUCUGCCGGCUGAGAAAAGAGACAGACAGCGAAAAACGACUUUCAACGCAGGAGGAAAGCUGUGAGAUUUUGACCGACCAGGAAGAUACCAAGAAUCAACAGAGGAAGAUUUUCAUCUGCGGAUAUCAUUUAUUUAUACAUGUUGUUUAUAUAUCUAUAUAUAUAUUUGUACACACACAUAUAGAUAUUUAUAUAUAUAUAAAUAUAUAUAUACAUUUAUCCUUGUACAUAUCUGUAUUUGUGCUUGUCUGUUUAUAUUAAUAUUUUUAUAUGUAUUUGUGUGUGUAAAUAUAUAUGAUAUAUAAACAAAAGAAUAUAUAUAUAUCUCUGAAUUUAUAUGCGUAUCACUGUGAACCAAGAGAAGCAAGAGGAAAUUUUUAUCAUCAGGGCUGGCCUCUGAUUGUGUGGUGGCAUACAAUAUUUGAAAUAUUUCCUUUGAUCUUCUACGUCAAGAGGACAAAGACUACGUGCCCAUUUUGUAUUUUUGUUUUGCUGUUGCCGCUUCUCAUUCCUUUCGGUCUCUUUUUUUCCCUGCGUCCAAGAGGAAUAAAGCGGAGAGUGACAGGAUUUGACAAAAAAAGGAGAAGCUGAAAAAAAAAAGAAAAAAAAUCCAGUGAUUAGUGUUAUUUCCAUCGGCAUUAACACUCUGUGAACCGAUCGCAGCGUGCUGUGUGAGAUCUGAGGAGGCAGCAGAGACCGAGUGCCACGCCGCUCAUCUCAGCAUCAGCCAAGCCAGCACAGCCAGCAUGCACAAACACCACCACUGCUGCAAGUGCCCAGAAUGUUAUGAGGUGACCCGCAUGGCUGCCCUUCGUAGGAUGGACGCCCCAGCAUAUGGAGGAGACUGGCAAGCUGAGCCCUAUGGAUACCCGCCUGGGUAUGGGGGAGGCCAGACCUUACCGCCUCCAUCCUCAGGAGGGGGUGGAAGCAUGGGAGGAGGAGGGGGCACUUUGGGAAGAAGUAAAGGCAAAAUUAUGUCUGGUGGUGGCCCUGGAGGCCCCAACCCAAAGGGCCAAUCCAAGGCUGGCCCCAAAGUAAAUGGUAACAACUCCAGUGGACAAGGAGGAUGGUGGCCUGAGUGUACCUGUACCAACCGGGAGUGGUAUGAUCAGGCCAACCCUCCCCCCAUCAUUGUCAACGCAGACUCACUAGAUGCAGGCCCUUAUGUAAACGGUAGUGAUGGGAUGUAUAAAUAUGAAGAGAUCAUUUUAGAGAGGGGGAACUCUGGCCUGGGCUUUAGCAUUGCCGGAGGAAUAGAUAAUCCCCACAUUCCUGAUGAUCCAGGGAUCUUCAUCACUAAAAUAAUUCCAGGAGGAGCAGCUGCUAUGGAUGGACGGCUGGGGGUAAACGACUGCGUGUUGCGUGUGAACGAUGUGGACGUGUCUGAGGUGGUUCACAGCCGGGCCGUGGAAGCCCUGAAGGAGGCAGGGCCUGUGGUGCGACUGCUGGUCCGACGGAGGCAGGCUCCACCUGAGACAAUUCUGGAGGUUAACCUGCUCAAAGGGCCCAAAGGCCUGGGAUUCAGUAUUGCUGGAGGGAUUGGGAACCAGCAUAUCCCAGGAGACAACAGUAUCUAUAUUACCAAGAUCAUAGAAGGAGGAGCUGCCCAAAAGGAUGGACGGCUGCAGACCGGAGACCGCCUGCUAGCUGUGAACAACAUCGUGCUACAGGACGUGCGUCACGAGGAGGCAGUAGCUGCGCUGAAGAACACCUCUGAUAUGGUUUACCUCAAGGUGGCCAAGCCAGGACCUGUGCACCUAAACGACAUGUAUGCCCCUCCAGACUACUCCAGCAGCCUGGCCCUCCCUCCAGCCUUCCCCCCCAUGGUGGACAACCACGUCAGCCACAACUAUAUGGGGGCAAUGGAGCCCAAGCCAGUGUACCCGCCGCCCCAGGUGACCCCGUCCAGGUACUCGCCCGUUCCCCGCCACAUGCUGGGGGAGGAAGACUUCACAAGGGAACCGAGAAAGGUGGUGCUACACAAGGGCUCCACAGGACUGGGCUUCAACAUUGUUGGCGGGGAGGAUGGAGAGGGGAUUUUUGUGUCCUUUAUCUUGGCUGGAGGGCCCGCUGACCUGAGCGGCGAGCUGAGGAGGGGCGACCGGAUUCUCUCAGUGAAUGGAGUGAACCUUAGGAACGCCACACAUGAGCAGGCAGCUGCAGCGCUGAAGAGAGCAGGACAGACCGUCACUAUUAUUGCUCAAUACAGGCCUGAAGAGUACAGUCGCUUUGAGUCCAAGAUCCACGACCUGAGGGAGCAGAUGAUGAACAGCAGCAUGAGCUCAGGAUCGGGCUCCCUGCGCACCAGCGAGAAGCGCUCCCUCUAUGUCAGAGCUCUGUUUGACUACGACCGAACGAGGGACAGCUGCCUGCCCAGCCAAGGCCUGAGCUUUUCUUAUGGGGAUAUCCUUCAUGUCAUAAACGCUUCUGAUGACGAGUGGUGGCAGGCGAGGCUCGUCACGCCUCACGGGGAGAGCGAGCAGAUCGGGGUGAUUCCCAGCAAGAAAAGAGUGGAGAAGAAGGAGCGGGCCAGGUUAAAAACCGUGAAGUUCCAUGCCAGGACAGGCAUGAUUGAGUCGAACAGGCCAGUCAAAGUAAAGCGCAAAAAAAGCUUCAACCUUUCACGCAAGUUCCCGUUUUACAAGAGCAAGGAGAAUAUUGUGCAGGAGUUGGUGGAGUCUGAACAAUGCCUGACAUCCAACACAAGCGACAGUGAAAGUAGUUCAAAGGGCCAGGAGGACACAAUCCUUUCCUAUGAGCCAGUCAUUCGACAGGAAAUCCACUACACGAGGCCUGUGAUCAUUCUGGGCCCGAUGAAAGACAGAGUAAACGAUGACCUCAUCUCCGAGUUUCCCCACAAGUUUGGCUCCUGUGUACCUCAUACGACCCGUCCAAGGCGAGAGAACGAAAUAGACGGCCAGGACUAUCAUUUUGUGGCCUCGAGAGAGCAGAUGGAGAAAGACAUUCAAGAUAAUAAAUUCAUUGAGGCGGGCCAGUUUAAUGAGAACCUCUACGGGACGAGCAUCUUGUCUGUCAGAACGGUGGCUGAGAGGGGGAAACACUGCAUUCUGGACGUGUCUGGAAAUGCCAUUAAACGACUGCAGCAAGCACAACUUUAUCCGAUUGCCAUCUUUAUAAAACCAAAAUCCAUUGAAGCUCUAAUGGAAAUUAAUAAGAGGCAGACGUACGAGCAGGCCAAUAAAGUGUUUGACAAGGCUGUUAAGCUGGAGCAAGACUUUGGAGAGUAUUUCACGGCUAUUGUACAAGGUGACUCACUAGACGAGCUCUACAACAAAAUCAAACUAAUCAUCGAGGAGCAGUCUGGGCCGUACAUCUGGAUCCCCUCCACGGAGAAGCUCUGAACUCCCUGCCGUCCUCUCUGCGUCGCUGCAGAGCUCCCUCUGCUCCCAGAGACCCCACACCCACAUAUCCCCCUCCUCACCUCCUUUUUGCAGAUAUGUUUCAUAUCAAGUUUUAGUGUCAUCAUUAUGUUAUUCUCUAAAUGAAAAAGAAGUCUUAUCACCAUUACUGUGACUGUGCACACCCCUGCAUGAGUUUCUCAACAAAUCCAUUCAAGACUAGAAAUGCCAUUCCAAAGGAAUUUGUCAAAUGAAAACAAAAGGGAAAAGGAAUAACUCCUUUUGUGAACUGGGACGGCCUGAAGAUCGGAAUGUCGUGCAGAAAUCAGGAGAGAAGAGUUGGGAUUCAGAAAGUCGUUGCAGGGGAAGAAAGACAAAUCAUACCAAGUUGGAACACUUUGUAAAUGUUCAUCAAAUCACAUUUAAGGACACAAAAGAUGAGACGUUGAAGACCAAUUAAGGCUUUUGUUUUGUUUCUUUUUUCUUUCUUUUUUUGUAACGGACUGGAUAAAAUUAAGCCCUGCUGAUGGUACUGUUCAAGGAGUCAUCUCUCUCUCUCGUUUAUACUGACUGAGGAAGUUAGUGGAGAAGCUUAAAAACUGGUGAUCUGUUUAUCACAAACCAGCUUGCUAUUUGGUCGUCUGCCAGUUGUCUGUGCUGCAGCUGAUAAAGGCAUCUCGGGAGGAAGACCAAGGAGAAGGAAAUGAGUUGUGAAUCUCUACAUUUAUAUUAUGAAAUCACAAGAUAAAUGAUAAAGUCCUAAUGAGAUUUUACUACAUAUUGAAAAGAACACAUUUUACACUUCACUCGAAUUGUCAACCUGAAGAGCUGUUAGAUUUGUUUUAAUUUUAUUUUUAAAGUGUUUUUUUUUUUUGUUUUUUGUUUUUUUUGCUUGUGAUUUUUAGCUGCUCUGUAAAGGGUGGAGGUAGAGAAGUGUAACCGGGCUCUCUGCAAGACACCAAACUGCCUUACAUCAAAUACAAAUUCUGUUUUGUGACUACCUGUUGUCUGUCAGGGAGGCUGUGCACAUUUGAAAUACUUCUGUGUCCUCCGACUGUCAGGAGGCCUGACAUUGAGUGCAAUAGACCAAAAAGAAAAGAAAAAAAAUCUGCCUCUGUGGGCAUUCCUCUUCCCUGUUUUCAGCCUUUUUCCUGUGUAAUAAACAAUUUGGCCAUUGGACUACAAUUAGGACAGCCAGAGCCUCCUUACUCAUGUUGAGCAGCAGACCACCCUAUUACACUCUCUGCCUUCCCAGAGGAAUCUCUUCUGAUUGGUCACAUGGUACUGUCCUAUCUGCCACCAUUGUGUUGGCCUUAAAACGGGUAGAACAAGACAAUAAUUGUAUUGGAUGUUCUAACAAUUAAAGAGUCAGUAUAACCUGUUUUGGUUUGUCCCCCUGUCCUCCUACCAAAAACAACACUAAAGAUGGGUUUGAGUUAAACUUAACACUAUGUGUAUCUAUAAACUUGUUCUGAAUGGUGCAGGUGCUGAAGCGCCGCGUUUGAGCCUUUAGUGUCUCGGCUGAGCUGAUCCAGCUCAGGAAUUCAUGGCCAGGGUUUUAUUAGUUGUCGAACGUAAAAAAGUACCAUAUUUUCUGGACUAUAAGCCGCACCCACUCUAUUUUUUAAAAAACAAUUAAAAAAAGAUAUACAAGCCGCACCUGCAUACAAGCCGCAUUCCGCUCUAUUUAAAAAAAAAAAAGAUAUUUAGCCGCAGAUAUUCAUGUUGUUAGAUUAGAUAUUUACUACAUGUACAGAAGGAUUUUGAACUGUAAAAAAUGUACACGUUUGUACCUAAAUAGAUCCUUUCCUAACAGUGUAUUUUAACACGGCAGCAACUUUGCUGAUUAAAACGGAGACAGAACCAAGAGAAAAUAACCGGUAUUUAUUUAUCUAUUUAUCUGUUUGAAAUCUGCUUCUACUUCUAUCUGCUAAAGAAGAAGUAGCGUAUUCUUCUUUGCAUUUAUUUUGUCUUAGUUUUGAUUCUAAUUCCGGUUAGAGCGCCCCGAGCGGUGGAAGAAAAAUCCACAGAAUAGCCGCACCUUUGUAUAAGCUGCACGGUUGAAAACCUAUGAAAAAAGUAGCGGCUUAUAGUCCAGAAAAUACGGUACUCGAAGAAGAUCCUGUCAGACGGUUGAAGUGUAAUCAGGUUGUGCCCCCCCCCCCUCCUUUGAGUUUGCUGUGUGCCAUCACCAGGAUUGACAUGACCAGAUCCUGGCGCUGCAUGUGAACGUGUUCACGUUAGAGAGCACGACUGGAGAAGGAGUUCUGUGGCCCAAGAUCAUGUGAACGCCUCACUUUUCUUAAUCAGCUUUUCAAAAAGUCAAAAGUCCUCCCCAACAGAUCCAAGAAGAAACAUUAGCCCAGACUCGCGAGUCUCUUCUCUCCUCCUACCCACAGAGUACCUGUACCUGCAGGCGUUUUCUGAACAGGUGUGCCCACCUGCCGGGCACCACUGCUAAACCAGCUGUCAUUACCUGUGUCAAAACCAGAGUUCAGGGAAUAACCGAAGGGAACAGAGCCAUUUAUAAUCUGCUUGCAGACUGUUUUCAAAAGGGUGUGGUAGCUGUACAAUGUAAAUAAGCCCCCAGCAGAUCCUCCUCACCUGUGCUUCGUGCAUGUGUGAAUCAAACUGGGGCAAAAAUGUUUUAUAGACCACAAAUGCCAGGUAAGUAAAGUUUGAGCCUCUCUUGAUAUAAUUUCCAUACAAAUGUGCUGUAUUGUUGGUAUUUCUCUUCAAAUGCCUAUUGGAACAUUUAACUAGUCAGUUGGGACGUCAGUUCCUGGAGUAGGGCCUGUCAACAUGUGAUUUCUUGUGGAACGUGUCUGGGUGUAUAGAUUUUAAAUAUAUUUAUAUAAAUAUAUAGUGUGUGUGUAUGUGUGUUUAUACACAUAUAUGUAUAUACACACAUACAUACACACACAAGCGAUAUAAAGUGAUGCAGGCAGAAACCUACACGACAUCACAGAAACCAGGAGCAUUGAUCAACACAUUUCAAGUUUAGAUUUGGUCCUCUGGUGUUUUAGUUAAAGUUCAGCUGACUGUUAACGAUGUGUGUGGUUUUCAGACCUCAGUCAGCCAUGUCAAAGCCCAAAGACCUUGCUUUUCAUUUUACUCUUUCCAUUGAGCUUGUGGUAACGAGAUGGAAUCUGAAUGCCUCUGUGUGUAUAAUUGAUGAGGGUUGUUCUGAUGAGAGAAAUGAUGACAUAUGUUUUUAUGUUUUAUUUUUUUAUUUUUUGCUUUUAGGGGGGUGUCAGGGUUCUUGUUUAUACUUUUGGGUAAAGAUAUGAUUAUGUUCUAGCACAUCUGUGCAGUAAGUGCUUGCAAAGAUGAACCCUUUGAUUGUACAGUAGUUUCCUUCCUGUCACUGCAGGUGGUACAGCCUAUCAGGACACUCGGCCUCAUGGUCUUCCCUGUCCUAGUCAUGAGGGAACACAGUCCUGCAAAAUUUGUUUGGGUUUUAUUUUGGGACUUGAAAAGAGUUUAUUUGUUUGAAAAUAAAAUACGUGACUCAGU